GCAAGAACACACUCCACGCACUCAAGUGAGUACGCGCACCAGUCCCCACUCCGCGGCUAUGGUUGACCCGCGUCUCCAGGUCGUCGCCGCCGUCAUGAGCGCGGCCCUCGCCGCCGCCGCCGCCGGCAGCGGCCAGUUCGAGUUCCAGGAGGCCACCGUGGACGCCAUCCAGCUGGGGUUCAGGAGCGGCAGCCUCACGUCGACGGCGCUCGUCCGGUUCUACCUGGACCAGAUAGCCCGCCUCAACCCGCUGCUCCGCGCCGUCAUCGAGGUGAACCCGGACGCGCUCGCGCAGGCGGCGCGCGCCGACGCCGAGCGCUCGGCCUCCGGGGGCCGCUGCGCCGGCGGGCUGCACGGCGUCCCCGUCCUCCUCAAGGACAACAUCGCCACGCGCGACCGCCUCAACACCACGGCCGGCUCCCUCGCGCUGCUCGGCUCCGUGGUCCCGCGCGACGCCGGCGUGGUGGCGCGCCUCCGCCGCGCCGGCGCCGUCAUCCUCGGCAAGGCCAACCCCUCCGAGUGGUCCAACUUCCGGCCCGUCGAGUCCGGCUGGAGCGCCCGCGGCGGCCAGACGCUGAAUCCGUAUGUUCUUUCGGCCACGCCGUGCGGGUCGAGCGCCGGGCCGGGCGUGGCCGCGGCGGCGAACAUGGCCGCCGUGACGCUGGGGUCAGAGACCGACGGCUCAAUACUCUGCCCAUCGUCGUCCAACUCCGUGGUUGGCAUCAAGCCAACAGUCGGGCUGACCAGCCGGUCAGGCGUCAUCCCGAUCACGCCCAGGCAAGACACCAUAGGACCAAUGUGCCGGACAGUAUCCGACGCCGUCCAUGUCCUGGACGCCAUUGUCGGCUACGACGAGCUUGACGCUGAAGCUACAGGAGCAGCUUCCAAGUACAUCCCGCGUGGGGGUUACACGCAGUUCCUGAGGAUCGAUGGACUAAGGGGCAAGAGAAUCGGUGUCCCUGCUGUGUUUUUUGAAGGGUACGAUGACGUGCGUGCGGCGGCAUAUCAGAAGCACCUCAAUACAAUGAGGAAACACGGCGCUACUGUGAUCAAGGACCUCGACAUCGCGACAAAUUUCAGUGAUCUGUAUGACCAGGAGACGCUUCUGAUGAAAGCAGAGUUCAAGUUAAGCCUGAAUGCUUACUUGUCAGACCUGUUGCGCUCCCCGGUCCGCUCCCUUGCAGAUGUCAUAGCGUUCAACAACGCACACCCUGUGGAGGAGAGGCUCAAAGACUUUGGGCAGCCCGACCUCAUCGCCGCCGAGGAAACCAACGGUAUUGGCGCCAAGGAGAGAGCUGCGAUCCGACGGCUGGACGAGAUUUCCACCGACGGGCUGGAGAAGCUGAUGAGGGAGCACGGGCUGGACGCGAUCGUGGCGCCCAACAGCGACGCCGCCUCCGUCCUCGCCGUCGGCGGCUACCCGGGCAUCGCCGUGCCGGCGGGGUACGACACGGAGGGAGUCCCGUUCGCGAUCUGCUUCGGCGGGCUCAGGGGCUACGAGCCGAGGUUGAUCGAGAUGGCCUACGCGUUCGAGCAGUCUACCAGAGUCAGGAGGCCACCCACUUUCAAGCGCUAGCUAAGUGAUUAGCAUGACGGCGUAUUGCAGCGAAUUUUAUGGAUAGGACUCCGUGGAAUGGAAAUAAGCGCCUUGUAACUUCAAUGUCGUCACGAGGUUAUUAUUCUGGUAUCUCAAAGAAACAUGGGAAUGAGAACACUUUCUUAAU